GCCGCAUUCAGUGCCAUUCGAGGAGCGAGAGAGAGUACACGCACUUCCCGGGCGUCGGUCGUGGUCGUGUGGUGCUUCGUAAUAAAAUCAAUGUGAAUGUGAUAUGUGUUGUGUUAGUUAGAAAGAAAAAAAAUAUAUAUAUAUUUUUAUGUGUACGUGUAUAGCGCCAUGAAAAGGUCAUACCAGCAGUUUAGAGCAAGCGAGACUUGACCUUUGACCCCUGGGGACGGAGGGACACAUGGCAGGUGGUCAAAGUGCUUCGGUGGAGUAAGGGAACAGGAUUUGGGGAAAGGCAGCGAGCGAAAACGGGAAGAGAGAGAGAGAGAGAGAACAGAGGAGGAAUACGAAGAGGGAACAAAGAACCGACGGCAUGACAACCAAGAUGUUGAGUACAGGCAACGUGUGCAUUCUAAGUCUCAUCGUGUCCGUGGCAUUCGAAGGUGUGCGAGGCGCCGGCGGUCUGCCCCGAGUGCGGUGGCAGCCUGGCACGGCGGUGGAGGAGGGUGACACCGUUCAUCUCGAGUGCCAGCUGGCCCUGGGCGUCCCCGGCCCCGCGAUCUGGCUGAAGCUGGACCCGCGCGACCCCCACAGCCACGUCCUGCUCUCCCACGGCGAGAUCGUCAUCACCGACGACCCGAGGUUCUCCGUCGAGCAUCACCCGGAGAGCAACAAUUACGUGGUGCAGAUCCGCGAGGUGUCGGCAGAGGACGCGGGCAGCUACCAGUGCCAGGUGCCCGUGAACUCGGCGGAGGAGGAGCUGCGCGUGGAAGCGGCGCCGCCCGUGGUGGUCACGCUGCUGUCUUCGGCGAGCAGUCCGACGCCCACCCGGCCUGCUAGGUCCUCGGCGGCUCCGCACACGCCCGGCAACUGCCCUUCGCCACGCACCUUCCUCCUCUUCUUGUGUUUCCUCCUUCUUUCCAACUUCGCGAGAUAGAAUAGAUACAAAGCGAAGGGGGAGAAGGAAGGGGAGAUUGAGGAUAGAAAGCGAAGGGGGGGGAAGAGGGAGAGAGAGGGAUUUAUAUAUAUGGUGGAGAGAGAGAGAGAGAGAGAGAGAGAGAGAGAGAGAGAGAGAGAGAGAGAGAGAGAGAGAGAGAGAGAGAGAGAGAGAAAGAAAGAAAGAAAGAGAGAAAGGUUAUUUGGAAUAAGGUGAGAAAGGGACGUUCGAGUAACCAGUGUGAAGACUUCCCGGGCUCUUAACAUAAGGAGAUUCAACAACGUGCCGAGAGAGGAGUCUGAAUAUAGAAUUGUGAAAUGAUGAAAGAAGAAAUCGAAGAGAUUAGACAAAAAGGAAAAUAAUCCGAGGUCGAGGUAUUUAACAGAAUGACCCUCUCAAACAAGGACUCUCUCGCUCCAUCCUCUCCAGUAGCGUUGUGACCGUUGACCUUUCCCUUGCAGAGGUCAUGAGUAAUAGAAUGGCAGUAUAUGAUGUGGAAAAAAACAAGUAAUAGAUCUUAAACUUCAAUGAACAGAUAGGCGAUGAAAUCUUGAUAAAGAAUAUUUUGUAGAAAGAUCUCUCCAAUCCAUGUAGAUAUCGAAAAGGAAGAAAAAAAACUGUAUUACAGGUGAAAAAAACAGCAUGAAUUUUAUUGUCAUCGAUAAAUGGGUUAACAAGCCUAUAUUUCUUCGAAUUAGUUUAUUGCCUCAUAAUCCUGCCAAGCUAGACUUUAUGAUUAUCAAAUCUAGAUCUAGACUUUAUUAUCAUGUGAUAGUAAUACAUAUGUGAUUAAUAUUAUAGAUGCCUUUUUCCCUCAUUUUAUGGAUGAUGUGCGUGUGUCCUCAGCUGCAAAAUACAUAAAAGUCUCAUAAUAGCCUAUUUUCAUAUCACAUAUUAAGCUGUGUGUGUGUAUGUGUUUGUAUAUAAUAUAUCAAAAGAAACUAAUAGGUGACAGGUUUUGUAGGUGUAGAAGCGACCAUUAAAUUCUUUCUUUCUACAUGUAUAAAAUCUGCCAGUAUCAUUCAUAGCCUGCUGACUGACUGGUUGACUGAAUAUCCCUUUUCAUAUUUCUGAUAGAGAAAGGCAAGGUCCCUAGAUUCUGUUGUUGUUUUUUUGGAUUACGUAUAGAAAUAGAUUAAUGUUAAAAUCAUGGGAAAUGGAAUUCAUAGCAGUGUCCCUUAUUACUAAUGAACGCCAUAGUGGUAUGGUUGCUUGAAGUAAUAUCAUAUUAAACAUUCUUAUAAUAA